UGACGUCAGAACAUCCGUCCCUAAUAAGGGAACAACCCUGAAGGGUGUAUGCUUUUCUUUGUGUUUUUCUCUUUUAAUUUAAUAUUCUGAACAUUUUCAAAAUGUCCACUGGAGAAACAAAGAUGGAAACGUGUAGUUCUGUUGAAGAAAGACCAGAAGAAAAAAGGGCGGAAAGUGCUGCUGUUGUUAGAAGUAUGACCAAAAAAGAACAGCAACCGUCUCCUGAAUUUGUGGAUAAGAAGGCUUCGUUCACGGAAUACUUUGAGAAGUGGACUGAAUAUGAACAAAUUGAAUUCGUUGAACAUUUAUUGUCACACAUGUGUCAUUAUCAACAUGGACAGAUAAAUGCUUUUCUCAGGCCAAUGUUACAGAGGGAUUUUAUAUCUGCACUUCCAGCUAAAGGUUUGGAUCAUAUGGCAGAAAAUAUCCUGGCGUAUCUAGAUGCCAAAUCAUUAUGCGCAGCAGAGCUAGUGUGCAAAGAAUGGUACAGAGUAAUUUCUGAAGGCAACCUUUGGAAAAAGUUGAUCGAAAGAAAGGUUUUAACAGACACUUUGUGGAAAGGAUUAGCUGAUCGCAGAGGCUGGUGUCAGUUCUUGUUUAAACCCAAACCGGGAGAACCGCCCAAAGAUCACAAAUUUUACAGAACGCUGUAUCCACAAAUCAUCCAAGACAUUGAGAGAAUAGAAAACAAUUGGCGGACAGGCCGCCACACAUUACAGCGUAUACACUGUCGCAGUGAAACGAGCAAAGGAGUGUACUGCCUUCAGUAUGAUGACCAUAAGAUUAUUAGUGGGCUGCGUGACAACACUAUAAAGGUAUAUAUCUGGGACCGGAAUUCACUGGAGUGUGUGCAGGUGUUGACCGGACAUACUGGCUCAGUGUUGUGCCUUCAGUACGAUGAGAACAUCAUCAUCUCGGGCUCUAGUGACUCUACUGUCAGAGUGUGGGACGUGAAGACAGGUGAGAUGUUAAACACGCUGAUUCAUCAUUGUGAAGCUGUUCUUCAUCUCCGCUUCAGUGAUGGAAUCAUGGUCACAUGCUCAAAGGAUCGAUCCAUUGCUGUGUGGGAUAUGCAGUCUUCGACAGAGAUCAAUCUGAGACGAGUGUUGGUGGGACACAGGGCUGCUGUGAAUGUGGUGGACUUUGACGACAAAUAUAUCGUCUCUGCAUCAGGGGACCGAACUAUAAAGGUCUGGAACACUUCCACAUGCGAGUUUGUCCGGACACUCAAUGGUCACAAACGUGGUAUUGCUUGUCUGCAGUACCGGGAUCGUCUGGUCGUUAGUGGCAGUUCAGAUAACACAAUCAGAUUGUGGGAUAUUGAAUAUGGAGCUUGCCUGCGUGUUUUGGAAGGACACGAGGAAUUGGUACGAUGCAUCAGAGUGGACGGCAAACGGAUUGUUAGUGGUGCAUAUGAUGGGAAAAUCAAGGUAUGGGAUCUUCAGCAAGCCCUGGACCCCCGAGCUCCAGCUGGCACUCUCUGUCUUCGCACUCUUGUUGAACAUUCUGGUCGUGUAUUCCGUCUGCAGUUUGACGAAUUCCAAAUUGUGAGCAGCUCGCAUGACGAUACAAUUCUCAUCUGGGACUUCCUCAAUGUUCCUGUGCCUGAAGGGACAAACAGAUCCCCGUCUAGGACUUACACAUAUGUGUCGAAAUGAUACACUCGAUCUUUAUCGGGCCAAACAAGCUUGCAAGUUCUGUGAACAUUACAUUGCCUUUUUGGGAGUAUUUGUUAAUUUAAAUGGCGUGUGAAUGUCUCAUUGGUGCACAGGCUGGCAUCACUUGUGCUUUAUGACUUGCUGGUCUGGCUAGCGGAGGCUGCUGGGUUAUGGGCGGAGGAAAGCUGCCUGUGGGUUUUUAUCUCGUGGAUUGGGUGUUAGGCCAGAAUCAAACGUGGACCAUGAAUCGGGUGAUAUCCUUCCAUUUGGAUCGUCUUUCAUUGUUGGAUCGGGGCUCACCAUGUCAGUAGCCAUAUUUGCCAUUUGCUAAAGAUACUUGUUCUGUAUAUGGCUUUAAAAUGUUUGUUAUUGGCAAGUCGUAUUUUGUUUUCCUUGGCAACUUUGUGCUAAGUAAUAAAUUUUUGAAAUGUGAACUUUUGGGGAAAAUGGCUACUUUGAAUUAAUUGUCAGGGCGAGUGCUGUUACAUAUCUAUGAUACUGUAGCUGUUCAUUGCUAGCUAGUUGCAUGGGCAUUUAGAAUAACUGUCACAAAUGGCUUUGGUGCUUGCAUAGUGUGCUAGCUCUCAAACUACCUUCUUUUUUUUGUCCUCUUUUGCCAGACUGUUUGCAUUGAAGCAUGUUAUUUUGUGAACAUGUCUUCUAAUAAAGGAGAAAAAAUGUUGAAUAAAAUCAUUUAUUAUUUUCUUGUCUAGUCUGUAAAAUAAAAUUCAAUAUUAACUUAUUUAUUAGCAACUGCUUAUUUUGUUGCUGGCAUAUUGUACAGGAUUUGUAAUAAAGUUACAAGUGCUAUAUAUAUAUGAACAAAAAAAAUGAAAAAGUAAUCAAAAAUGUCUUGUUGCUUGGGUGUAUGUAUUAAUUAAAAGAAAUAAAAAAUCUGCAAAUCCCACCACCACAAAGCUUUAUACUGUACAUAUCUGCUGGCUUGAUUACUGUUAUGGUUACGGUGUUUCUGAGUAAUCAUUGGCUAUGCAGUUCUUUUUAUGGUGUAUUCUUAUUGUUCACACCCAAGUCAACGUUUUAAUCGUGUUUCUAUUUAAUGUAUUUUUCUUAACUCCACUUCACUAAAUAUUCUUGUGAGGUUCAAAUGGUCUGGUUCUCACAAUCACAAUGCAAGGUGUUUGUUUUUUUUUACGGAUUUCCCAAGCCAAUUAAUUUUUUUCAUCAGGUGCUGGAAUUGUUGAACAAUGACCACCUGCAAUUUCCUAUUAAUUUUUACUUUACUUUCUGAUUUAUUUUGCCAAGUAAGAUAUAUAAAUUGCUACCAAUAAACAUUGCCAUUUGACUAGGUCAUUUAAAUUUAAAAAAAUAAAUUGUCAACCUACCUUUUUAUGUAGACGCAAGUUUUAACCAUGAAAAUGGUUUCUGGUGUAUUUGGGAGUUAAAAAAACAUUAGGAGCUUCAGCAUCUCCUCUUACCAUAGGAAAAAAGUAAUCUCUUCAUCAUCCACUGUCAUAAAGCUUAAUAUGAAUGGGAAAACAUGACCAAUAUUUGAGCAAGCCCCACCCCCCAGAUUCCAGGACAUUCCAAGUGUGAUGAAUGGGAUGCUCGAGGCCUUAGGAAGUGUUAAAUGUUUAUUUUAUAUGAUAAAUUUAUAUAAUACUUGUAUUUCUUGCCAAGGAAGCUUUAAGUUGGUCUUGGAUGUUCUUAAUACUAAAAAUAAAUUUUUUAAUCCCUAUGCAUUUAUUUGAUUUUUUUUCUUUUUUUUUCACAUUUCAUAUACAUGUAUGUAUUCGCACUGCAACAUGAAAUACAUAAUCGACAUGUCAUUCUAUAAGUUUAUAUAUCAUCACAUCAUAGCCAUCUAGCAUCAUGUUUUACUUGUCUGUAAAAAAAGUUAGUAAUCCGAGAACCAGACUUGAUGAACCUAUUGCAAUAAAUCCAGUCUCUGUUCCGACGUCACUUGGUCGACUUUCGUAUAGCGUCAUUCUGUAAUGUAUUGUUAACUUUAUACUAUAAACUACAUUAUUUGUGAUUAUUUUCCAUGUCAUGUAGAUAUCAUUUGCAGUAUUAAAAAAAAUAUAUGUUAAAUAUCA